UGGCUGCGGCCAUGAUUUAAAUUUCUGCCGAAAUUUGCCAAAAUAAACAUGCCUUUUCGACAUGAUUUACUUUAUAUAAAGUAAAAUAAACUAACAGGAAAGAUGGAUGACUUGAGAAAUGAGCUGCAGGAGGUGAAGAAGGAGCUCGGACUGAUCGAGCAGUAUCUUCAGGAGAUGCUGGAGAGGCAAAAUACUCUCGUAGAGAGGAAAGUAGAGAUAGAGAGUCUCAUCAAGAGUCACCAGGAAAAAAUAGCUGAAGCCAAGCUUAAGGUGAAGGCAGCAUUUGGCCAUGAGGGUCCACAGCACCAAGAGGAGAACUUUUCCACGUCGGCAGAUUAUCCAUGGAAUGAGAAGCUAAAAACUGCCAUGAAAGAUGUCUUCAAUAUGGAGAAGUUCCGCCCUCUGCAGGAGAAGACGAUCAACGCCACAAUGUCUGGCCGUGAUUGCAUCCUUAUCAUGCCAACAGGUGGUGGUAAAAGUCUCUGUUUCCAGUUACCAGCUGUUAUAAGUGAUGGUGUGACAUUAGUGAUAUCGCCCCUUGUCUCCCUUAUGGAAGACCAGUUGAUGAGUCUUCAACAACUUGGUGUCAACGCUGCACUGCUCAAUGCCUCGAGCUCGAAACAAGAGGUGAAAGACGUCCAAGAAGCCAUGAUUAGCAAGAACGCAGGGCUGAAACUGCUCUACGUUACACCGGAGAAAGUUUCCAAGAGUAAACGGUUCAUGGCGAAGGUUGAGAAAAUGUACGAGAUGGGGAGAUUGGCCAGGAUUGCAAUUGACGAGGUCCAUUGCUGCUCGCUGUAUGGACAUGACUUCAGACCAGACUACAAGAUCCUUGGAAUUCUAAAGCGCCAGUUCCCUGGCACGCCCGUCAUCGGUCUCACAGCCACUGCCACGACGAAAGUCAUUGAAAAUGUGAAGAACAUUCUCAACAUUCCAAACUGUGUUCUCUUCAAAGCGUCAUUCAACAGGCCGAAUCUCUUCUAUGAAGUGCGGCCUAAACUCACCAAACAUAGCGACAUGAUGAGUGAGUUACAGAUGAUCAUCAGGAGUCGUUUUCAUCACCAAUCGGGCAUUAUCUAUUGCUUCUCCAAGAAAGACACGGCAGACGUGUGCCACGAUCUCCAGAGACUCGGUGUAAAGGCCGGGUGCUACCACGCAGAUAUGGAUGCCAAGCAGAGAAGUUACGUUCAUAGGAAAUGGCUAUCAGAUGAGAUUCAUGUUGUCGUUGCUACUAUAGCGUUCGGAAUGGGAAUCGACAAACCAAACGUCCGAUUCGUCAUCCACCACUCGAUCAGCAAGUCGAUGGAGAACUACUACCAGGAGAGCGGGCGAGCUGGGCGGGAUGAUCAGCCGGCGACUUGCAUCGUGUUCUUUCGAUUCCAGGACAUGUUCAGGCAGAGUACGAUGGUGUUUACGGAGCAGACGGGGCUGAAAAACUUGUACAAGAUGAUCUCAUAUUGUAUUGAUUGUAGCAAGUGUCGCAGAACUCAGAUUGCUCGUUAUUUUGAUGAACGCUGGGACUCGUCACAGUGUAACAGGAUGUGUGAUUACUGUAGGAACAAGGACGAUGUGUUCAUACAGAAGACAGAUAUGGCCUCCGAGUGCAGGACAGUGCUGGAAGUCCUCGAAACUGCCUCGAUGAAGAACCAAAAAUUGACGGGCCUCAAGGUCAUGGAUGCCGUCAUGAGUAAAUUGAAGAAAACGUCAUUGAAUCGAGACGACUUGGAGGUUGUGCUGGUCAAGAUGAUCUUGGAUGGUUACCUCCGGGAAGACUUCCAUUUCACUCCGUACAGUACUAUUAGUUACAUGACACCAGGUGCUAUGGCUCAAGUGUUGUCCAAGACACCCACUCGGAUUAUGAUGGACUUUGUCCGAAAGAAACAAACAAAACGUAUUACCGAUACGACAUCUAGACCAAGAAUGACGAGUACACAAGGAUCACAGGACAGUAGUAUUCUGAAACCAAAACUGUCCAUCGUGAAUCCCAAAAAGUCCAAAUUUACGACGGACUUGGUCACAGUAAUUGAGGAGAAUGGGGACGAGACUAAAGUAGAAAUUGGAGAGAAUGGUCAAACGGUGGAGAGUUCGACUGAGUUUUCCAAAUCCGCGAGAAAAAAGAGGAAAAGCUACGAUUUGAGUCGAGACUCUGGUGACGAUAACGGUUUUGACUUUGGUGAUGAUGUGAAGUUGAAACCGUGUAAAGUCAGCCGGAUUGCAGGGAAUUCUGGGUCAAGUGGAAAGGCGACGUCUGCUUCUGGGAGGAGCAAGAAGAGGCGAGCAGACGAAGGCUCGGAUGAUUCUGAUUGUGUUGUCCAGUCAAGUGCAUGUGAUAUAGUCGACCAUAGUCCAUGUAGUCCAGCCAAGUUGCAAAAAUUAUCGGAUUACUCUGCAUGCCGUCCCUUCUCCGAGAAAGUGAGAAAUUCCAAUGGCUUCUCCGAAAUUAAUAGCAUUUGUAAAAAUGGGCUUGAUGAUGUUGAUGGUGGAGGCGUCGAUGAUGUUGAUGGAAGGAGGAAACUUCGCUGCUGCAUUACAAUUGACGAUAGUGAUAAUGACGAACUUGAUGGCCUUGGAGAUAAUGCGGAAGAAUUAUUUGAACAAGCUAGUAAAGAUAUUGAGCGGGUAAAUCAAUCUAGUGAUAAGAAAGGUGCUAAGAAACAGAAGAUGUCUGCUAAGUUGAAAAGCAAAUUUGGCAGACGGCAAGUGUAUGUUGUGUCUGGAGAAGAUCUGGAACAGCAGACGGUAAACAUGUCUGGUGGAGAUAUGUCUGCUGUUUCCUUGGGUGAAAAAUCCGGGGUGCUGUCUGCAGACACGGAAAGUUUGACAACAAAGUCAAGCUUGUGCUCUGAUGGACUUCACUGUGGCGAGGAUUCUGAUUCUGAUGAGGCCAUAGAAAAAGAAUCGGUCAGACUCGGUAGAUAUGCUGUGAGAUACACAAAAGAUGCGGGGCAAUCUGGUCCAAAAUUGUCUCCAGUAAAAAUGGACCAAGGCUCUGCGGCUACACAGCAAGAGUCUGUACAUUCCAGUCAAAGUUCUGUGCAUUCCAGCCAAAGUUCAGUGCUUUCCAGUCGGACUACAUUACAUUCCAGUCAGAGUUCAAAACAAACCAGUGACAGUUCAUUACAUGCCAGUCAAAGUUCUGUUUAUUCCAGUGAGGUCCCUAGGUCUUCCGAUGUGGGCUUGGUUUCUGGCACAUCACAUUCUUCUACUAGGAGUUCCGGAUCUAGUCAAUUGGAUUCAAGAUCGGGUACUACGACCUCUAGGACAUCACAUGAAUCAAAAAGGUCAAGGUCAAAGGUGAAGGUUAAGCCUGGUGACAGUUCAGGGCCAAGGUCUCACAGGGAGUUUAAAAAGGUCACACUUGGUGAGGUCAAAUCUGAUGACAGUUCAGUGUCAAGGUCAAAAGAUUCCACCAAGGUUACAGUUGGUGAAGCAGUCUCCAAUAAAGUGAGGAAGGGUAGGCGUAAAAAAAGGCGGGAGGAUGUUAUAGAUGUUAUGGAGGGAAAAGGUCCUCAGGUGGAUGAUGACACGUCAUGUUCAACUAGCAGGGCGGGGAGGGAUAAGAACUUACCAAAGGUUGUUGUUUCUGAGGUGCCUGUUGAAGUGGAACAGGAAACUGGGGAUGACUCGGUGGAUUCUCGGGCAAGACGCAGACGUCGUCAGGUGAAAAAGAGCGAGUUCUUGGGUUCCCUUGGCAUGGGGGAGAAGCCAGAGGGCGCUUCUUCUUUGACAUCUACUGGUACAUCUGAUAGCCUGGAAGGUUCAAAUAGCAAAGCAAUUGUCCGUGGUGUGUUCAAACGACUGCGGAGUCGGGGACUUUCUGAUGAAAGCUCAACGUUUUCAUCCACAUCCUCUCGGGAGUCCACACUAACUUUUCAAGAUGAUGCGAUCUCUGGACGCUCCCUAACUACGGAUGAACCGUCAAAAAAAUCAAAAGCGAUGUCGAAAAGUUUGAAACCUUCUUUUAAACCAUUUGGGUAUUUUGAGAAACCGCUUGGUGAGGGUGGUGCAAGACCUAAAGUUCGUGAACCUCUUCCUGUGCUAAAAAAGUCAAAAGAAUUUGAUGAAAAGAUUCUAGUUAGGCCCACUGCUGAUAAACCCCAGGCUAGAAAGGAUAGUUUGAGUAAGUCGUAUGCGUUUGGUGAUGGUGGCGGUGACGGAAUGUUCAAAAGUUGGGCGUUCCGUCAACGUGAUUCGUCAUCAUCGACGACCAGUGACACAACAACGUCGUCUGCUCGUGUUUCCCAGGAGUCCUUGCAUUCCGUGAAAUCAAUCGAGUCGGAAGUCGUCAAAUCCGACUCUGAAGAUGACAUGGAGGAGACUAUCCAGUCCCCAAAAUUAGAACAAAAAUUUGCAUAUUCUCGGAGGGAUACCACGGAAAAAGUUGGGAAGUCUCCACUUGUAGAUUCAACCAUUUCUAGCACCCAAGGUGAUAUGAGUGUGUCCAGUGGACACGGUGAUACUACAGCCAGCAGCAGUAUGGAAAUGAGCGAACUAUACAACAUCUAUGCAAAACAGUUGGAUACGCUAGACGUCGUUGACUCUAGCUCUGAAAGUGAGGCUGCCAAGUUUGACUCGAUGAGCCCAGGUGCGUUUGGCGCAAAAGGGAAAAGACAAAAAAGUGACCGGUUGAGAACUUUGACCCAAACUGUUGAAAAAUGUGCCAUUUUAGAACAGCCUGAUACAGACGAUAGCUUGGGAUCGGCGGGUAGCGUAGAAAAGUCGAUGUUUAAUCUGGAGAAUUUGCCAGUAGUGACUCGGGAUGAUACUUCAAGGAAGGGGGCAUCGUCUGAUUCGGAUGGCGACUUGGAAGAUCUGCGUGAUGUUUAUUUAGAUCAGCUGCACCACAUGAAACGUUGAAAAUGCGUUUGGGUCUCUGUUGAAUGCUGCUCUUGGUUGGUUUUAGUUACUGACGGUUGUCACGGGUGGGGUGAUACUGUUAGUCUCUCCAUGGAGUGGGCUUCAUGGAUACAUCCAGAGAAAGUGUGCACUGGUUGAAUGUCUGUGUACAUUUUCUGAUGCAUCCAAGAACUGUCCUCUGUGCAGAAACUCUCGGACGAGACAAAAAUAUUUUUGCAUUUCCUUGCAUUUAUUGUCAAACCUUCGAUAUGUAGCUGGCGUUUCAGGGAGUUUUUUGAAUAUAUAAUUUAUUGAAUGUAGAACUCAUAGGGAAUAAAUUCUCAUUUGGGAGAUUUGUUUUGUUCAGGAAUAACAGAAUCAUGAUUGAUUUAUGAUUAGCCCAUGAGAUUACCUUGUACAUUAUGAAGACGUAACCAGUAGUUCAACUAGAUGCAGUAUUCUUCUCACCUAUCAGCCCAUUGUAUUAUUUACAAUCACCUGCUGGUUCAGGUUUUGUUACUGAAGCUUACUUGGUAUUGUCAGACAAGUGUUUCUAUUGCAAACUCAGUUCUCCAUCUCCAUCUGUGGACUUCAAAAGGGACUUGUUGUCUGACACUUAAUAGAAACUCUUUUGUUUAAUCUGAGCCAUGUGGAGGAUGGGUAGAACUGAGUUUGCAGAGACGGCUGUCUCUUUUCUUUAGACAUGAGGGGCUGUCCAUAAAGUAAGUACGCACCUUACCCCCCAAACCUGUACGCUCUGGCCGUAAUCCAUCCAUGCACCAUGUAGGUAUGCUCUGGCCAUAACCUACAGGUAUGAUACGGGUACGUGAAUUUUGUCUUGUGUUCUUCUUUUUGUAUCGAUCCCUUGCAACAAGAAAUUGUAGCUUUUUAUGCCAGAAUUCUAUGCAGAUGCAAGCCAUCACUUUUAUAGUUCCGGCACAUGCACUUGGUAUUGACUUGCCACUAACUGGAAUCCAAGUGUGCACCAAAUACCUUUGUUGCAUGUGUACGCUUUGGGAUAGAACCUCCCCCUUGGUGCAUACAUUGACAGUCCCUUAUGCAUGCUCAAAAUCAUGUCCUGGAGAUGUAGUCUGU